GUACAAUCGGAACAAGUUAUCGAGGAAACUGUUCAUAAGAGAGCUUCUGUUCGGGAUACCAUCAAGGCUCUACUGUUGUAGAAACAUAGAUAUAUCCUACUUGUCUUGGAAUUCCACGCCGCAGGCUACAAUUGUUAUUCUUUUACCGCCAGCGCUGAUUAUUGAUUGAGGAUAGCCAAAAGGGGAACGAAGCGACCACCACAAUGGCAGAACAACCACUUGAGAGAACGCAAUAUGCGUCGUCUAUCCUGGUGGCCCAUAAGCCAAUAGAUGCCACCGAGAUAGUCAGGGUCAGAUUGAGCCAGGCUAAGCUUCUCAAUGACGAGUUCUCCAACUUCUUCAAGAAGUACUACCAGAUUAAGUCCGAUUACUUGGACGAACUGACCGCCCUCGUGAAGAGCUCACAGGAUCUGAACAAGAACAUCGAACGUGGGAUUCUUGAGAAUAAUGUGCUCUCACAGGAGGAGUUGCAGUACUACAACGUCGACGCCAUUGGCCAUCUCUCUGAGAUCUGGAACAAGAUCAUUGCAGAGAUAAGAGAUGAAAUCUCCGCCAACAACACCCUAAGAAGGGUUGUUGAGGGUGAGGUGAUCCAUCCACUGACGUCUUAUACAACCAAGAAUCCUCAGUGGAGUGAGAUGAGAGAGAUGCACGCAAAGUUGAAAGAAGUGGCUCAAAACAUCGAGUUCUCACAGGAGAAAGAAAAGCUCGACAAGUACGAAGAUCAACUACAAAAAUCUAGUGAUGCCUGGGAUGUCCGUGCGCCUUAUGUCUUUGAAGUGUUUGAGAACACUGACCUGAGCAGACUGAACUUUCUAAGAGACAGCUUGUUGAGAUUUAUCACUGCUUACACUGACUCUUUGAACAAGAUUUCUUCAAGCAAUGAGAAGACCCUUGAAACAAUCUUGAACUUCAACCCGGAGGUUGAGAUUGAGAGAUUUGCCAAAGUUUCAAGUGAAAGCACCUAUAUUCCAAAAUCUGCAAGAGAAGCUGCUGAGUCCCCAAGACCUCCUCAAUCUUCUUCUUUCAACGGAAAUGCUGGCACUGCCACCCCUACUCGUUCUAGUACCAACAAGAACCACAUGUCUUCAAUUGCAGGCUCCGCACUCGGUGCAGCCUCUAUUAUGACAGGCUCAAGUUCUGGUAAGGAUGAGAAGGAGAAAGGCAGACGUAGAACAAAGUUGAAAUCUAAAGUUGGCUCAAUCUUUGGUAAAAAGAACAAGAAGAAUUCAAAGAUAACACCGCUUGAUGAUGACAUUCCAGAGUCAGAAACAUCAUCUCUGAAUAACUCAUUCAGAGGUCCAGUGGGAAGAGAAAGUAGAGCUUCUUCCUUCAUGGCUGUUCCAUCCAAGUCCUCGGCACCAUCACAUUUGAACCACUCUUCUUCAAACCUGAAUAUGCAACAACAGAAGCAAACGGCUCAAUAUGCAAGAGAGACGUCGCCACAGGGUCAACAGACAUCACAACCACAGCAACAGCCUCAACAGCAGCCGUUGCAGCCAUCCUCUUAUAAACAAGAGCCAUUGCAGCCUACACAUGGUUACCAGCAGGCCAAGCCAGUCCAGAAUGUUGCGAAGGACGUGACCACUCCAUUCUCCAUCAACCAAGAGCCAUUGAAGCCGGCUACUGUUGGCCAACCUUCUUCAGCUUCUUUCUCAGAUGUUUCUUCUCAUAUCAACGACACACCUGUGGAUUCUCAAUCCCCACAAUCUUUCGACAACCAGGAGCAGCACAGAGCUCCUCCUCCACCUCCAUCGAGAAAGACUGGCGGAUUUGGUUCUCAAAACUUGUCAAAUAUUCGUGAGGAUGCUCCUUACAGCUUUGACAAUACGGCACACCCACCAAAUGGUAACUCCAUCUCUCACCAGGUGCCACAUGGUUCUUUACCAGAGCCACCAGUGGCCAGACGUGAUAUUCAAUCUGGGUUGUUUACGAACUUGAACGCUGCUGAUUAUGAAGCGAACCAAAACAAGCGUCUUUCAAGCUACAACAGCUUUGCAUCAAUUCCUCAACUGCGCCCACAGAAUACUGGUUCUUCUUUGUCAACCACAGGAUUGUUCCAACACCCUGACAUGGUCUCUCCAGGAUUGAACGCAUCCAUUGUUGAAGUUGUCAAUGCAAAGUUCAAAGAUGGUGAACAAGUGUCUUCUCAAGUCUUGGGUGAAGUUGCGUUCAAUUAUCAAGACGACGGUGCUGCUAUGCCUUCAAAAACCAAUGUCAAGAUUUCCGGUGCUGAAUUAUUUGGUAAGAUCAUUACAAACCAACAGUUCCUGAAACAGAUUGAUUCUAAUGAGUUUGAAAUCAGUCCAAGUGCUAUCCGUGAGCGUACCGUUGGUGGCUUGAAGUAUUCUUUGAAAGACACUGCUGCACCACUGGUUGUUCUCCCAGUGUGGAGAUUUGAACCACAUCAAGCAAGUGUGAUGUUGACGAUCAAAUUAGCACCUCACGUUGCGUCACAACUCGGUGACGGUGAAUCUGUUGAGAUAUCUGAUUUGGUUGUUGCUGUCUCCAUCGAGGGCGUUGCCAAAUCAGCUCUUUCAAAACCUCAAGGUACUUUUAACAAGGACAAGUCCAGAGUCUCUUGGAGAUUCAAGGACCCAGUGAAGCUCACCGCUACAAGUGAUCAAAAGCUCGUUGCAAGAUUCAUGACUGAUCAGGAAGCAAAGGAGUCUGAUAGAGGCGUUGUUCUGAAGUUCACCAUUAAUGACACAGCCAGUGCACAAGCCACGCUGUCUAACUUGUCCAUCUCUGCUCAUCAGUAUGACGAGGAGGAUCCGUUUGCACAGGAGGAAUGGGCUCCUGUGCCAUGUUUCAAGACAGUCGUAGCCGGUAACUAUAGUGGUUUAGCUCAAUGAUGGGCCCUGAUUUGUUG